AUGCAUAUUACCCGUUUAAUGUCAUACUGGCCGAGUAGGCUGCCCCAGUUGGUCAUUACAAGAUGCCUUCAGUCUAGUAGUUCUCUGCAUGCCAAAGUUGCUGUAGUUUUAUCAGGAUGUGGAGUGUAUGAUGGGAGUGAAGUUCAUGAAUCUUCAGCCAUUCUUGUCCACUUAAGCAGAGCUGGAGCAGAAGUGUCAAUAUUUGCUCCGGAUAUCCCACAGAUGCACACAAUCAAUCAUUUAAAGGGAGAACCGUCCACAACAAAUAGGAGUGUCUUGGAAGAAUCAGCUAGAAUAGCUCGUGGAAAGGUUCAGCCAUUAUCUGGUCUUGAUGCUAAAGUCUUUGAUGCCGUUCUGUUUCCUGGUGGAUUUGGAGCAGCCAAGAAUUUAUCCACAUUUGCUGUAGAUGGCCCUUCAAUGAAAGUUAACGCUGAAGUUGAAGCAGUCAUAAAAGCCUUUCAUUCUGCUAAGAAGCCUAUUGGUUUGUGCUGCAUCGCUCCAGUUUUGGCUGCCAUGGUUAUUAAAGGGUGCGAAGUCACGGUAGGCUCAGACAAAGAAGAAGGAGGCCGUUGGCCGAAUGCUGGAACUGCAAGUGCCAUCGAAGCUCUUGGAGCUAAGCAUGUGAGGAAAGAUGUCAAAGAAAUCCACACUGACACACAAAACAAGAUCGUUACAACCCCAGCAUUCAUGUGUGAAGCACCUCUGCAUGAGAUAUUUGACGGUAUAGGAGCUAUGGUCAGCAAAGUUCUUGGACUGACCAAAUGCAACUAA